GUGUGUGCGCUUCCUCAUCCUCUUCAGCACAACAACACACUCAGCCGGUUGGCCCGCUGACCCCGCGGCUCUGCGGCUGGAGGCGGACACAUUCCUCUGUCCUCCCCCAGGACUCUCUGCCUGCCGGAGGGAGGAGGGAGGGAGGCUGCUGCAGGCAUUUAAUUAGUGAGGAAGAAGAAGAAGAAGAAGAAGAAGAAGAAGAAGAAGAAGCGGCAGGACGGGGUAGAGAACCGCCCCCCUCCAGGCUGAUCCGGACUGCAGUCUGACGCAGAGAGGGUUGGAGGUCUGGACUCACCGCAGGCUGCUGGAUGUUUGUCAGGUUUGUGUUUUUCAGCUUUGGAGUUUCGGUUUGAAGUUUUUGGAUCUUACAGAAAUGUGAUCCGCGCCGGAACCAGGUCUUAAAGUGAUCCUCGCGGUGCGUAUUUUCGGCGCUAAGUGAGUGAUGAUUGAUUUGGAAAUGUCAGCGCGGGCGCUCGGCGCCGCUCCGCGCACUCCAUCAUCCCAGCGAGGCUGAGGGAAAGUAAGAAACCACCUGUUGUGGAAGUUUCCUGGAGCAGGUCGCGGAUAAACCCGAGCUGCUCCACCAGGGUCGCCGGACGGAGCAGAGAGCGGAAUGCGCUUUUUACGCACGGAGCUGGCGCAGUUUCCGAGAACAGGCUCCUCUGUAGAGAGCGAGAAUCUCCGAGGACGGUCCCCGGCCUCCGCGCUGUGUGUCUGCGGUGAUGGUGCCAUGGUGCCCCGGGCUCAGAUGAGCAGGACGCCGGAGCUCCGGUCGGAAUGGCUCGGGAGGACGCGGUGAGGUGUUUGCGGUGUCUGCUGUACGCGCUCAACCUGCUGUUCUGGCUGAUGUCAGCGUGUGUGCUGGGAGUGGCAGCCUGGAUCAGAGACUCCCUGAACACCGUCCUGACCCUGACAGCCCACACCAGGUUGGAGGAGGCGGCCGUCCUCACGUACUCUCCAGCUGUUCAUCCCGUCAUCAUCGCUGUGUGCUGCUUCCUCAUCAUCGUGGCCAUGGUUGGAUACUGCGGCACACUCAAAUGCAACCUGCUGCUGCUGAGCUGGUAUUUCUGCAGUCUGUUGGUGAUCUUCUGUGUGGAGCUGGCGAGCGCCGUUUGGACCUACGACGAACCCGCAGUGCAACGCUCUGAUAUGAUCAGUCUGAAGUCUCGGAUGCCAAACUACGGCCUGCAGCGUUACCAGUGGCUCACACACACCUGGAACAGCUUCCAGACAGAGUUUAAAUGCUGCGGGGUGAUCUACUUCACUGACUGGCUGGAGAUGACGGAGAUGGAGUGGCCACCCGACUCCUGCUGCUCCGAUCCAUAUCCGGGAUGCGCUCGCCACGCCCACUACCACGACCUCAGUGACCUCCACCAAGAGGGUUGUGGGCCGAAGAUCUACGCCUUCAUUCGAGGGACGAAGCAGCUGCAGGCGUUACGCUUCCUGGGCGUGUCCAUUGGCGUGGCUCAAAUCCUGGCGAUGGCGCUCACACUCACGCUGCUCUGGGCACUUUAUUACGGCCGAAAGUCUCCAGAGCUGGACUCCACAGUGCCGCCUCCAGAUGACUCCUCUCCCCUCGCAGCGACACUUGGACCCUCAGUGGAAGCUUCAAAGUCCGGCUGCAACCACACAAAUAAAGGCUCUGCUGGUGCCGCUGCCGCCAAACCGAGUGACCUCCAGUUCGAGAUGGAGCGUCUGUCGUAGGAUUCAAACUGUUUCAUGGUUUCAUUCAACAUUUCUGUCAGUUUAACGUCGGAGGAUCCAAUGAAUCUCUGUCGGUCUGGUUUCUUCGAGGAUCCAUCAGGUCCAAAAUCCUGAACCCAUAAAGACCUCCACUGUGUCUGAGAUGUUUCACUAACAUUGUUUAAAGGACCUGGUUGGAGGUUCUGUUGAGCCUCAGUCCGCGAUCACAAAAGUUAACACAAAUUCAACCGACACUCGGGUAGUCUGCACGCAACCAUGAACCCUUUUUCGUUUGGUUAAACUUUUUUUUGCUUAUUUCAAAACUUCUUUUAAAAUAUGACUUUUCUCAACGUUUCUUUUUUACAGUGAAGAUUAUUUGAAAAGUUAGAUAUUUGGUCAUUUUAACAGAUUUCAUGACUGCAAACCCUGAAUUUUUAUCCAAUCACAGCAACACUGGACUUUCACUAAAGAUAUUAGUAAAACGUUAAAUAAUACAUCACCAAACUGCUCGAAUUUUAUUCUCACUGGAACAAGUUGCCUCCAAUUUUUAACAAAUUAUACAAAAAAUCUAUUUCAUUACAAAAAAAAAUCUAAAAACAUAAUUUUUUUUGUAAAAGCUGCUGUGAAAUCAGGAAUUUUAAGGCACAGCAAUGAAACAAAGAUCCCGGAGUCGGUAUCUGACGACCUGAGAACAAGACUCCACAAUCAGAUAUCAUUCUCUGCUCUGAUCGAACCUGAUUCUGUCACAGAUUAUCUGUCUCGUGUUCUGCUGUCAGGAUACAGGGAAAGUUUCAGAAAUUGCGUCAAAAAGUUAUUUUUUUAUAAAAGUUACCCACUGAAGUUGUCAAGUAAAACUUUAUUGACACUGACAGAAAAGAUGAACCGAACUACGAGCGGAGCGGGAUGAAAGCGGCACUCGCUGCCGACCGAGUCAUCAGGAACUCUUUGAGGAUGAACUCUGAACUCGAGCAGAAGCACAAAAGGAUUCUGGUGCUUUUUGUUGGUACUUUUUCACUGGAUGAAGCUCGAAUGGAAACAACCACUGAACAGACGAAGAACUGUACGAAGUCAGUCUGAAGGGUCUGAACGAGGAGGUGUGCAUGGUGUUUAAUAUUUAAUAAUAUUUGUUUGAUCAUUUUCUCACUGGAAUUAAAGCAGAAUCAGGUCAAACUGUGGACGUUUGAUUCAGUCACCAGAAUCUGCAGGUGAACCGGGCGGGGCGACGGACAGAAACAAUGAUUGUUUAUUUCAGUAAAAACAGACACACUCUCUUCAUCACAUGGUCUCCACAGGAAGAACAUUAUUACAGUCUACACUGUAAAACAAACUAACUCUGCAGCUGUCUGUUACAUUUUUUAGUCAAACUCUUGAUGAUAAUUUACUUUUAUUCUUUAGAAAAACUUGAAACUUAAAAUUUUAGAAACAAAAAAUCUAUUUCAAAAAUUGUUCAGCAAACAAAUUUUAACAAUUGUUCCCAACCUGAGGGUCGGGACCCCCGCUAGGUGUCGCCCAAGCUUGGCAAGGGGUUGCAAGGUCUUCUUGGUUUUAAGAUGUGUAAGAAAACUACAGUUUACUCGCUGAUAGACAGGAGCUUCCUUAAGAGAAAGGAUCACAGUGAAAACUGUUACUAAUUUCUAACUGCAACCAAAUAGUAAUUUCUAAAAAAUAAAGUUAAAUUAAAGCUGCAAGCAGCGAUGAACGGGCCCUCGCACUCCACGCAACUCGGGGUGUGCUAAAUGGUAAAUGGACCUGUACUUGUAUAGCGCCUUUCUAGUCUUCCGACCACUCAAAGUGCUUUUACACUACGUGCCACAUUUGCCCUUUCACACACAUUGACACAGCGAAGUCCAUUGAACUGAAACUAAUGCAUUGAUACACAUUCACACACCGAUGCAUGGCAUGGGGAGUAAUUCAGGGUUCAGUAUCUCGCUCAAGGAUACUUCAACAUGUGGCACCAGGAGCCGGGGAUCGAACCACAACCUUCCGAUUAGGGGACAACCCAUUCUGCCUCUGAGCCACAGCCGCCCUGCUGAGGUUGCGUCAAGUGCCGUGGUAACAUGUGCAGACCACAUCAUGAAAAUUUCACAGAAAUCAGAUCAUAAUCGCAUCGCAGCACUUACUUCCUGUUGCCAGUAUGUGGCGCUCUCACUAUAUCUGAAUAUUGUCAUGUCGGCGUGUUCAGGGCGGGACUCUUAUCAAACGUGUGAAGUUUCAGUUUCCGGUGCCUGGACCCAUGCCUGGACCCAUGCCUGGACCCCUGCCUGGACCCCUGCCUGUACCCCUGCUUGGACCGGCUGCUGGACCCAUGCCUGGACCGGCUCCAGGCAUAGCACCAGGCUCCCCCGGCAGUGCUGCCGGCAGUGCACGUUUCCCCCCUGGCACUGCACGGGGCCUCUAUGCAGCUCCCGUCUCUGCUCCUUUAGUUUCAGUGUACAUUGUACAGUGUGUGAUUAUAGAGGACAAUAAGACUGAUUCUUUUCAUUUUCUGUGAGCCUGUUAGAGCUUACAGCAGAGCUUCUCUAUCCACUAUCCAGGUAUCCUACUGAUGACCCAAAUCGUCUGUGCUUAACAUAAAUGUUGGUUAUUAUUCUAAAAACCACAAUAAGGUAUAUGGGUCACACACACACACACACACACACACACACACACACACAAACACACUAUAUGUACAAAAACAAUCACUGUAUUCCUACUAACAGGAUAUUAUCAUUCAUUUCCCAGAGAGAAAAAUAAACCAUGUGAACAGAAA